AUGCCCAUUCUCUUCAAAGAAAUCGAGCAAGCCUACUUCCAUGACCGAAUCCCUCCUGGGCUCGAAGCAUCUUAUCCUCAAUAUGCGCAAUACUUAAAGACAACUUCUUCCAAUAUUGACUUUUGGAAGGGAUAUUUGGAGGGUGUCCAGCCGUGCUCAUUCCCCAUACUUGUAUCACAAACUCAUAUCCUCAGCGAGUGGGAGACUACGUCUAUUGAUCUUAACAUUCCAUGCAAGAGGCUAAAAGCUCUUGCUAACGAGUACAGUAUAGAUAUCUCUGCCAUACUUACAGUUGCCUGGGGUUUACUGUUACGAAAUUAUACUGGGAAAGACAGUGUUUGUUUCGGGCAUCGCAUUGCCGGUAGAUGUUUCCCUGUCGAGAACUUGAGGAAUACUGUUGGUUCAUUUUCAACUGUUUUGGCAUCCAAGCUCGAAAUCCGCGAUAAAGAAUUCGUCACACAGCUAUUGCUGAACGCGGAAAAGGAUCGUAUAAAAACACUUAAUCAUCAGAAUGUACCCUUAAGUAGGGUUGAGCAUGAACUACAGAUCAGAGGUGGCCGCCUAUUCAACACCUACCUUUCGUUCGGAUAUGAAUGCAUCUCACAUGAGACUUCUACAAGUUUGAGAUGCCAACACAUCAGGACCGAGCAAGUCUCAGAGUAUGAUGUUGGUGUUGAUGUAUAUUUCCACGAUGGAAAUAUGACAGUCGACGUUGGACACCGCAUACUCAACUCCGAUCAAGCAAUUACCAUAGCAUGUGCCUUUGGAAGGGCUAUUGAAGCUAUCUUGGACUCACCAACUAGUAUAGUUCAGGAGGUAGAUCUGUUCAGUAUGCGAGAUCAUGAGCAAAUCCUAGCAUGGAAUAGCAUGCCUCAAGCCGACAUACCUAAGGGACAUGUGCACGACUUAGUUGCGCACCAAGCUUCGUUAAAUCCUGAAAUUCAAGCCAUCUGUGCGUGGGAUGGGGACUUAUCUUAUGGCGACCUACAUGAUUUGUCUAUGGUCCUUGCUAAACAUAUCUUAGCUUCUGGACUGAAGCGGCAGAUGCCCGUACCAGUGGUCAUGGACAAGAGUCGUUGGGCUGUGGUGGCUAUGCUAGCGGUACUCUACGCUGGCGCAAUUUUGGUACCUAUUGACGUUGAGAUCCCCUCAAUUAUUCCUUGGUCGGUCCAAGAAGUCAGCGCCGAUUUCGUGCUCUGCUCUGCCAGUGCUCGGAAACAUGUCAAUGGUCUUGGGGCAAAUGUCAUCGUUGUGGACGAAAACGCGGUCCUAGCCAUGUCGGCGCAAGCUGUUGAUAUGAACCUUCUUCAUCAUGAGCCCUAUGAAAUAGCGUGCAUUCUCUUCAGCGCCGGGUCCCUUGGGACCUUCAAGGGCAUCUCAUAUAGCCACCGGUCUUUAGCAGCUGCUUGUGUCGGGCAGGGUUCUACGCUACUAAUCAACCCAUCCAGUAGGGUCAUGCAGCUUUCUUCGUAUAACGUCGAUAUCGCGCUUUCGGAAAUAUUCACCACCUUAGUUAACGGAGGCUGUGUCUGUAUCCCUUCAGCCUCAGAGAGGAUUACGGACUUUUCCGAAGCUGCUAUGCGCAUGCAUGUUAACUGGACAUAUUUGACGCCGACAUUGUCAAGGAAAUUAGAUCCAGAAAACCUGCCGGACCUUUCUAUCGUCUGUAUUCGUGCACAGCACCUCGACGAUGAUAUCUAUGCACCAUGGAUUGGCAAAGCUAAGGUAUUGAUGGCGUAUGGUUCUCCUGAAGCUGGUCCCCUUGCACUUUCUGUCACCGAAGUGGCUGAUCCUAAGGCUUCGCAAUGCUUCGGUAAUCCAUUCUACGGAAACUUCUGGAUAGUGAGCCCCGAAGAUAGUAACCGGCUCAUGCCAGUGGGCGCCCUUGGUGAGCUAAUAAUAGGGGGGCCGACACUUGCUACCAGUCUGGAUAUCCAUGAACCUGAUAUCAAGACCUGGAUUAAAGAGGGUGUAGUUUGUCCAAUGUCGCUACUGGAAAAAUCGGAGAGUCGCCUACUUAAGACUGGACAUUACGCCCGAUAUCUCGAAGAUGGUAGGAUUGAGUUCGCCUCAGAAGAUGGUGGAGAAGUAGAAAUUGACGGUAAAAUUUUUCGUCUCUCGGUUGUCGAGCUAAAACUUCGGCAAUGCCUAGGUCGGGGUAUCGAUGUAGUGGUUGAAAUGAUUGCCUUUGAUGACCCUAACUCGGACCCAAUCCUAGCUGCAUUUGUCGAUUUCGGAGAAAAUGCACUGAGAAGGGACGAGAGCUUGUCAAACCUCAAUCGUACUACAAAGGAGAGAUUAUACCUUUUUAAGAAGAUAGGUAAUAUGGCGCUCCGAGAGACUCUGCCUAGUUAUAUGAUGCCCUCGGCGUAUAUACCUGUUAAGCGUAUGCCUCUAACACCGACGUUAGAGGUCAACAGGAUAGAACUCCAACGAAUGAUUGCAGGUUCACCCAGGAAACAACUUCUCGAGAUAGCAGAAGUCUCGAAUCCUCAGGAGCUCCAGGAUUUAAGCUUCAAGCCCCUCCCCCUAACCGAAGUUGAGCACCGAAUGCGGGUUAUAUGGGCUCAAGUACUCGGUGUCGAAGAAGAUACAAUUACGGCUAGAGAUGGAUUUUUGACCCUAGGCGGUGAUAUUGUUUUAGCCCAUGAACUAAUCAGAGAAUGCAAGCAAUGUGGAGUUGAUAUUUCUAUUAUUGAUGUCCUUCGAAACACCCCCCUAGCUGAAAUAUGUAGGGGAGGUGUUACUUUAGAGAUAUAUCCCACAGCCAUUCAAGGGGUCUUUGAACCGACGCAAUCAAACCACUCAAAUUCUCCCAUCAGCAAAGCAAUUGCGUCACGGCUUGGACUUGCUGGCAGUUUGGUUGAGGAUGCAACCGAGGCGUCAUCGUUACAAGCAAUGUUCAUUGAGUCCGGGAUGCUACAGACUCGUGCCACUGUCGAUUACUUGGAGAUCAACAUCACCGGAUCUCUAGACUGGCAUAAACUUCAAGAUGCGUGUUUCAUGUUAACCAACACUCAUCCCAUACUCAGAACCUCGUUUGCCAGCCAUAGUCGUCAACUCUACCAGACCGUCUAUCGGUCGCAUCGUCCGGGAUUUCUAAGAUACCAGUGCCAGAGCUGGAGACUCAGCAACCUGAUCGCGAAGCUCAUCAAGAGGGAGCAAGCACAACUUGUUGAUUUCAGCCAGCCCGUCACCAAGUUUUUCUACUUCGACGCUGGAAAGAGCUCUGUCCUCAUCAUGCGACUCUCUAAAGCUCAGUAUGAUGAACUUUCCUUACCCGUGCUUAUUCGAGACUUAACCCAGUUUUACAAUCACAGCGAUCGGCCUGGCCGACGUCCUGGUUUCUGCGAAGUGGUCAGAGCUUCUCAUCGUGCGUACACAAAUGAUACAUAUGAAUACUGGCGUACCCUACUUGAAGGCGCAGCAGUGACGCAAAUAAUAUCACAACCCUCGCCUACGAAAAUCAACUUAAAUCACACGACUCUACACCGAAAAAUCCCUAAUAGGUCACUACAUAGCUUAGGUAUAUCAUUUGAGACCAUCCUUAAAGGCGCCUGGUCAGUUGUCCUUUCGAACCUGUCUGCCACGAAUGAUGUUGUUUUCGGGCAGCUCGUGGACGGGAGGAACCUCAGCCUUCCGAAUAAACAAAGCAUCUCGGAUGUCAUCGGUCCUUUAGGUAAUAUUUUACCUGUUCGAACACGAUUACCAGAUAUUCCAAUCGCAUCGUAUGAAUAUUUCCGUUGUAUUCAAAGCCAGCAUGUUGCUAGCAUGUCACAAAAUAUGCAAUUCUCCGACAUUAUACAAAAGGCUACUUCCUGGCCAUCUUGGACUCGUUUCAGCACCGUCAUCUACCAUAAAAAUCAAAGCAAGGAUGACGGGAUGAUCGAAUUUGCUGUUGGAGGCGCUACGUGUAAACUAAAUUGUAUAGAGAUGAACCACGCGCCAUCAGACAUCUUUGUCAAAUCAUACAUCUCAGGGUCUGCUAACGUUGAUAUAUCCCUUACAUUCAGCGAAAAGAUAGCCCUCUCAUUUGCAGAUGAAGUCUUGGGUAUGCUUUGUUCGGUUAUCUCGCUUCUCACAUCUACCUUCGUGACGGAGCCAUUGUAUUUAAAAGGCCUCGGCAAUAAUCGCUCAACGUUGAGAAUUCCCCUCCAAGCGCCUAGACGAGAACCUAGUAUACCUCAGACUGUCGAGUCUGUCGAGCCCGAUCUUGCUCGGGCCGUCCACACCAUCAUAUCGUCCGCGUGGGACACUAUUCUUGAGGCUUAUUCACUAAAGUUUCCUGAUAUACGCUCAGUCCCCUUCUACGAAAUUUGGGGCUCACUAAUUCCUGCCUCUGAGCUCGCCAAGUACUAUACCGAUAACAUACCCUCUGAUCUUGGUGUCGAACGGGCCACUUUCACGGAAGAAGAGAUUAUUAAUCACCCGACGAUGAUGCAACAAUACGAACUAAUCAUUGCGAAGCACCGAACACUGUGUUCCAGACGCAAUAGGAAUACCAUGUUAGUUCGCACGCAGUCGGUUUGGGGCAGAAGUAUACGCAGGCUACCUCGCGUCAGCGUCGCGCCAAGUGCUUCUGCUCCAAGGAGUAACCACAGGCCAAUGGGUAGCAGCACUUCUAUGGAGUCCAUGACGACGGGGAGUAGCCUGAGCGAUGACGAUGAGCUGAAGGACCGACAUCACCAAUUGCCACCACUUAUUGAGAAGGAGACGGGAGAGGUUAUCAGAGACAACUAUGGCUGGCUCGCUCUCGCGAAAGAGAACAUUCGACGGGAACUUGAGGCGUCAAAAAUGGAGCUCGAACUCGUCAGAGACUUACUAAGCGAGUUGGAAGUUGGCUCCAAGAUAACGCGAUCCAACUGCGGAGCUAGGGACGAGGUGUUUCUCAUGAGGGCUUGCCAAGAAUAUUCCGGCUCGAGAUCUUGUAUGCUUGAAGAAAGACUACGACAGAUCAAUUUAUGGUUGAGCGAUGUACGUAUAGGUCGAGAUGUUCCCUAUAGAGUGCCAGAUGAAUGGAGUAUGGUUGAUGCUGAAUGGCGACGAUGGUUAAGCGAACAAGUGGCGCCACGGGAUAGGGAUAGUGUGUCCGACCGACCUGUUGUUAUGUCUCACCAGAGUGAUGCCGUGAAACUUUGGGGGCCUCUGAUUCCCAUCCUUACAGCAUAUAUCGAGUAG